AUGGUGGCCAUGGAUGUGAUAUUCAAGGAUAUUGCCGCUUGUUGUCGGAUUCUUACUAACACCAAGGAGGCUCCUCGUAAAACAACCAAACCAUUCCGUUCGUCACGUGACACGCCUGACGACUACCGUACUACAAGAAACAGACGGACAGAAGACGGUUGUACAACAUGUCUGAGAGGAACUCUACAUUGUUAUAAUGUCUGUAUAUUGGUGAUUGGUUGUGCAGCUUUAGGUGUAGGAAUAUUUUUACUUGUGACAGACUUCAGUGCUAGGAAGGUGACCCCUAUAGUUGGCAAUCAACUGUAUGAAGUAACAACAUAUCUACUAAUUGCUGGGGGUGGAGCAGUGGCCCUCCUGGCUUUCUGUGGGUGCUGUGGAACAAUACGAGAAGACAAAUGCGUCCUUUCAUUUUAUGGAACAACUUUAGCAAUAGUUUUUAUUUUAUUGGGUGUGGCCUGUGGGUUAGCCUUCUUCUUCAGAGCAGUGUUAACCAGUAAUAUUAAAGGUCGAAUGAGACUCAGUUUGAUAGAGAAUUAUGGGGUAGAUGUCCGCGGCAACUCCCACAAUAGACGUGUCACUGAAGCAUGGGAUGCUAUGCAGAGAAAAUUACAAUGUUGUGGAGUAUCAGGAAACGUAACAUCAAAAGAUUCCUGGGCUUUCUACAAAUUAAACACUGUUUGGUUUAUUCAAGAAAUGAACAAACCAACAGAUGGUAAAUUAGUUCCUGAAAGUUGCUGUAAAGACAGAAAUAUUGCCGUCUGUACAGGUCAAGAGUUUUUCCAGGGACCACCUAACUUUGUUGAUAAUGAAUUUUCAAAAUAUAAAAAUGAAAACCCACAUCUAUUAACUAAUGGUUGUUAUGAUCAACUAGUAAAUUAUUUAGAUGACUAUGCUAUAGUGAUUGGUAUCGUAUCAGCAGUUGUUCCAUUAUUUUUAAUACUUGGUAUAGUGAUAUCUUUCUGUUAUGUGCACGUGUGUCUGGUCACCCUAGUGACGAUGAAGUGGAUGUCUAAAAAUAGCUUCCGUCCUGACCAAUCAGAAUCAACGUUACAUAUUGUGCCUCCACCUGAUGCAAAUCAUCCAUCCAAUCUGGAAUUGGUUUCAAUUAAACUGGUUUCAGUUUUCAUGUCGCUCAUUAGUUAA